CAGCCCAGAUGAGGGAGUGUCUCAAAAACAGAAUGGCUUCCAGAUCAGCUUCUCCUGAGGAGGAUCUCUCCUGUCCUUUUUGCCGUGAGAUCUUCAAAGAUCCUGUGGUCUUGUCGUGUAGCCACAGCGUCUGUAAAGCCUGUCUGCAGGAAUACUGGAAACAGAGGCGAUCUCGGGAAUGUCCAGUGUGCAGGAAGAGAAGCAAAUCAAAAGGCAAUCCUCCCUGUAACCUGGUCUUAAAGAACCUGUGUGAGGCCUUCUUACAGGAGAGGAGGCUGAGAGAUUCAGGGGAGUCUGAGGAGCACUGCAAUCUGCACAACGAGAAACUCAAGCUCUUCUGUCUGGAUGAUAAACAGCCCAUCUGUGUUGUGUGUCAGGCCUCCAGAAAACAUAAAAACCACAACUGCUGCCCCAUAGAUGAAACUGCACAGUAUCAAAAGGAGGAACUCCAGACUUUCCUGAAGCCCUUACAGGAGAAGCUGGAGAUAUUUAAUAAAGUUAAACAAACCUGUGACCAAACAGUGAAACACAUUAAGAACAAGGCCCAGCACACAGAGAUGGUGAUUAAAAAAGAUUUUCAGGAGCUCCACCAGUUUCUACGAGAGGAAGAGGAGGUGAGGAUAGCUGUUCUGAGGGAGGAAGAGAAGCAGAAGAGUCAGGUGAUGAAGGAGAAGAUUGAGGAGAUGAGCAGAGAGAUAUCAUCACUUUCAGACACAAUCAGAGCCUUAGAGGAGGAGCUGAGAGCUGAAGACAUCUCAUUCCUGAAGAACUACAAGGCCAUAGUGAGAAGAACCCAGUGCACACUGCCGGAUCCACAGCUGGUCUCAGGGUCGCUGAUAGACGUGGCCAAACACCUGGGAAACCUGCAGUUCAGAGUCUGGGAGAAAAUGCAAGGGAUUGUGAAAUACAGUCCUGUCACUCUGGAUCCUAACACUGCCCACCUAGGUCUCCUCCUAUCUGAGAAUCUGACCAUUGUGGAAUGCACAAAUGAGAAACAGCAGCUCCCUGAUAACCCAGAGAGGUUUGAUUACUAUGCAUGGGUCUUGGGUUCUGAGGGAUUUAACUCUGGGACACACAGCUGGGACGUUGAGGUUGGGAACAAUACAUUCUGGUCACUGGGUGUGAUGGAAAAGUCUGUCCAGAGGAAGGGAGCAGUUAAUACUGGACACUGGCGAUUCUGGCACUUUAAAGGUAAAUACGGAGCAUUUUCCCCACCAGAAUCAACCAGUGUCCUCCCUGUGGCAAAGAAACCCAAGAGGAUCAGAGUUCAGCUGGACUGGGACAGAGGAGCGCUGUCAUUCUCUGACCCUGAUGAGAACACAUGUUUACACACUAUUUCACACACCUUCACUGAGAGAGUCUUUCCAUACUUGGGUAGUUACUGCAAGCUCUCCCCUCUGAGAAUCGUACCAGCGAAGACCUCUGGAAAAGUACAGCAUAGUUAAAGUCUCUGUCUAGCGCAACAGCAUCUAUUGAUCAUGAUACGUGUGUCAAUACAUGUUUAUAGGUCAAAAAAUCAUCUUACAAUUCAACUCUAUUUUAUUUUACAAUGAACAUAAAAUUGUUUGACAGUGAAAUGUAUAGAAUGUUAAAGGUAAUGGAGCCCUUUUUCUUGAUCACCCUCGUCACAGUGCACUACCCUUCCCCUUCAUGUGAUGUUUCUGCUCAUCUUACAUAUCUACUUGACAGUCAGUCACACUUAACUGUAUAUUUUUUACAUUUACAUUUAAGUCAUUUAGCAGACGCUCUUAUCCAGAGCGACUUACAAAUUGGUGCAUUCACCUUAUGACAUCCAGUGGAACAACCACUUUACAAUA